CUGUUUUGCUUAACAGGGGCGUCUUGCCCGGACUUCCCCUAUAUGAAGCGUAGAGGUUUAUCGAUCGCGAGAGGAAUAAUUUUAUUCAACCAAGGUCUGAACUCAUCACGAAUGUCCGUUAAAUGAUGAAAAAAUCGAAUUAAUCCACCUAGAAGUGAUAUCGUGCUUUUCAGCAGUGUAAACGGACAGAAUCUCAACUAUUUUGCUUUUGGUUCCAGUCAGCUUCUAAACAAUCCACAUUUAGAGAUUUGAUUUUCAUUUAUAGAUGCAGGGCAUUCCUUAGGAAUAGAUUAAACAGACUUUCCACAGUUCAUCUCACUCCCACUGGCAACUGUCCAUUUUACCCCACCAAUACAAUUAUUUCAAUAAUUUAAAUUUCACCAAUCAAAAAUUAAUUUACUUUUCCGUACAUAGCUAAUAUCGCUUCUCUGUUAACUCACAAUAUUCAUUGCCAUAGGGUGGCUUUAAUAUUAUAGAAUAUCAUGUGUAGGUGUUCUCAUUAACAGAAAUCGGAAAUGCAAAAUGUAACUAUACAAAUCAACUCCCUGUCCAUAUUACCCCCACUGUCUGUAUUACCCGCGGUUCCCCUAACCGUUAUCGUCCCGAUAAAACCCAAGUAAGGCCGAGCCAUGUUUACGACCCGCUGAUAACUUAAUCACGCCGCAAGACAUCCGCACGGAUCCCCAUCUCUGUUUGGCACUAACCCUCCCUUCCCUACCAUAUCAAGCAUCCCAGUUGGAGCGUGACGUAACGCUUCACACUAAAUUCAGCGACGAGACUUGCGCUUAUUCACUUACGCCAUACGAUCGCUCCUAGGUGUGUCUACGCCGUGGCUCCCAAUCGAAGCCCCGUUCGAUUGGUUCGAUUCGCAACAAUUUUUACGCUGAAUUCGAUAACUUUGGAGAAACUUGGAAGAUGUGUGUAAGUGUGUAAGCGCCAGAACGCAAACACAGGAGGAACAGAGCAACGCAAUUCGAUUAUCAUUUGUGGAGUGCGAACGGACGGACGGACGGACAGACAGACGUUCGCGCAAAGCAUAUCUACCUGUGGCGCAUUCCAGAGCGCGUGCGAUCAAGAUCGUGAGAGCGAAAAUAAGCGGGGAGAGCGGUAAGUCAGCUGUGUACCUGUUUGGCGCAGAGCUCCGAGGUCGCAGUCGUGGAUACCCAUUCUAGGGCUCGUUAUGAAAACAACGACUAAGACGAGCGCAACUUGUUCUGACGUCGCCGAAGUUUGGAACCGGCGCGACCUUAUAGCCUGUGCCAAUAAUAAUCGACUCAGAAUAUUACUCGUCGCGGAAGGUGUGUAGGUGAACAUCGUAUACGCGAGGUGUGUUGGUGCCUUAAUUGCACGGUUUUGUGACCAUUCAUUGUUGACAGUCAGAGGCAAAGGUCUACCGAAAGCUACUGCUGGCAGUGACAAGUUUCAAAAUGCAUUCACGUGCUCGGAUUAAAGUGUUGUUUCGGUUGAGUAUCUUAAUUAUACUUUCGUGUGGAGUUCGAAUGACGACUGGUGAAUCCCUGAAUGAAACUAGUAGUGAGGUGGAAAAUACCCUUGAAUCAUCAGAGCUGCCAGUGGUAAAUUCGACAGCACCCAGAAGUUCAUCUGAGUCCACCGAAAUGCCGGUGGUUGAAACUACGCAACCGGUGAUGAUGAUGGUGACACAGGAAAGCACCGAAACGGUGCCAACAACGACAACAACGACAUCAACAGCAUAUCCAAGCUCAAACGAAAUUCCACCGGAUAAAGGCCUCGAUAGAUCGCCAAAUUGUUCGCAGUUUCCGCUCUCAUCCCAACAACCGGUUUACGACAAAAACUCGCUGAUCAAUAAGUGCUGCCCGUUCGGGCAAAUAUUCCAGCAGGACGAUGAAGGACGAUUACGGUGUACCCCGGGUGAGCGCAAAAUCGACGUCGAAACCAUCUACGCCGUCUUCUACGGCGAUUCGGAAUGCAUAGAGGACAAAGAAAACAAACUGCACUUCAACUACGAUCCGAAUGAUUCGUGCUUGGGAAAUAAUAUGACGUUUCAGUAUAGCAAGGAGCAAGGCGACGAGUUGUUUGUGAUCCAGAAUGGAUCACUGCUGGUGCUGGAGAACGGUGGGUUUAUGUCCGUUUUUGAUCAGUACUGUAUUGAGGUGGAUACCAACUCAAGGCUUCUAGCGAAAGCUUGCGAUGACAUCGAACCUGUUGUUUUGAAGUCAACAGCGGCGUUGAUCUACGCCGGAAUGAUGAUGGCUUCGGUGGCAUUGCUGGUGACCUGCCUUGCUUACGCACUGAUUCCGAAGCUUAACGAUGUCUUCGGAUAUCUGUUGGCGGGUCAUUCAGGAACUUUUCUUGUGGGACUGAUCAUGAUGACUUUAGCCGUCUGUGGAGAUCGCUGUGUCGCUAGGGAAGAUGUUGCGGUUGUACAGAUCUUCGCACAAAUAUUCUUGAUGUCUUCGGUUUUUACUUUCCUGUUGAUGAACGUCUACAAUUAUGUCUAUGCCGCAUACUACCUUCCCAACGGAUUGGAAUUUGAUACCAAGAGCAAAAAAGAUGUGUUCAUUUUUCUAGGAGUGCUUUACACUAUCACCUUGUUACCUUUAUUUCUACCAUGGAAACAUUCCCUCAUAUUCCAUCUGAUACUGUACAUAUAUUAUUUGGCGAUAGCGACGGUGCUCUACCUUAGUCAUCGAGCCCUCCGAACGCUAGCCGAUAGCAAAUUUAUCAGAUUCACUGUAUCCAAUCAAAGUUACCACGAGUUGACCUACACGGAAGCGGUCAACGCUCAGCCACGACUGGACAGAGAAAGACUGAAAGAACUCAGCUCAGUGAAUCGCCUCUGCACAGUCGAGACUGUGUUCACCUUCAUUUGCUGGGUGCUGUUCAGUUCGCUACAGCGGAACACCGACAGUAAUACGCACGUCGACAUCUACCGGAUAUGUACAGCAUAUGCGAUAAUCUUCCAGGGGCUGCUAAUCGGUGUUCUCUUUGUGGGAGGACGAAAAAAGUGGACCAUCAUUCGGGAAUGCUGGCACAACUCGGGUUCCAUCGACCUGCGUGCUAUGGAAAUGGACCGCGAAAUGAAGACAUUGGAUCGGAAGACUCCCUUGCUGUGAUUAGGAAUUGUGAAGGACCAGAGGGGGGAUUAAGCAAAUAACCAACUAUUUAUUUAUUAACUGUAGCGUAAGACGUUUUGUCGUUGAUGUUUCACCAUUUGUAAAUGUAAGCAUGAGAACAACUAGGCUAGUUUUAUUAUGAAAACUUCUAGUCGGUAAGAAAUGCAAUCACUCGACUAAUGAAAUAAACCAAACAACUGUAUGACCAAACUGAAAGAACUGA